AUGUACAUCUACGAGGAAAACGUGUCCAUCCCGCUAUCCGACGGGCUGAUCCGAUGUAACGUGUACCGGCCGCAGAACCAGCAGCAAAGCCCUGCCAUCGUGACCUACGGCCCUUACGGCAAAGACAUACACUACAAGGACUUCCACCUCCAAUCCUACAGCGAAGUGGAUGAAGAACACCACUCCGAGCAUUCCGCCUGGGAGACACCCGACCCCGGCUUCUGGACCGCCCACGGCUACGCCGUUGUGCGAGCCGACGAGCGCGGCACGGGCCAGUCUCCCGGCCUGCUGGACACAAUGUCGCGCGACACCAGCGAGAGCUUCGCGCAGGUGGUCGAGUGGGCGGCCGCGCAGCCCUGGUGCACGGGGAAAGUCGGCCUGCUGGGCAUCAGCUACUAUGCCGGCACCCAGUGGCGGGUGGCUGCGCGCCAGCCAAGGGGGCUGGCCUGUAUGAUCCCCUGGGAGGGCAUGUCGGAUUACUACCGAGACCGCUGCCGGCAUGGGGGCAUCCUCUCCAACGGCUUCAUCCGCUUCUGGUGGGACAGACAGAUUGUGCGCAACCAGUACAGGAGAGAGCGUGACAAGACCGUGGCGGAGCACAGCAGCAACCCGGCGGAAGAUGCGGAUGCGGAUUCCGAAAACACCCUGCGGAAAAACCGUCGCGACCAGAACGAGGACAACCGCGUGAACCGCUUCCGAGACGAUGCCUACUACGCCGAGAGGGAGUAUAACCUGGAAGAUGUACGGGUGCCGCUGCUGUCGGUGGCCAACUGGGGCGGGAUCAUGCUUCACCUGCGCGGGAACGUGCAGGGCUUCAUGCACGCCCGCUCGCCGCUCAAGUAUCUGCGCUUCAUCGCCGGACGACACGACCUGCCCUUUUACUACCACUCCGAGGUCCACGACGUGCAGCUGAGCUUCCUCGAUGCCUUUCUCAAGGGCGACGACCGCGGCGGAUGGACCACCGGCACCGCCCCCCGUGUCAACCUGCUCCUUCGGAAGGGGACCGUCGGCUUCAACGAUCCCGUGGCGGAACGGGUGUUUGCCCGCCGCGCGGAGACGGAGUGGCCCAUCGGAAGGACGGUCUACCAGAAGUAUUUCCUAACCUCCGAGAAGAAACUAUCUCCCGCUCCGCCGCCGCCGUCGGGCCUACCCGUCGGCCGCGACAAGAUCAGCUACCGUGCCCUGGGCAACUUGACCACCCCGCACGCUGUGCAGUUCAUCUCGGAAGCCUUUGCUGAGGAGACGGAAAUCACCGGCCACCCUGUCGCUCGGCUCAACGUCUCCGUCACCCCCGACACGGGCGGCCCGUUGCCCUCGGAGAUUGAUCUCUUCCUCACCCUGCGCCACCUUGAUCCGUCGGGAAACGAAGUCUUCUAUACCGGCACGGCGGGCGACCCUGUCCCUCUCACCAAAGGUUGGCUGCGCGUCAGUCUGCGCAAGGUGAACCACCAACAUCGCCGUCAUCGGGACUACCUGCCUCACCGCGACUACUUUGCCUGUGACGUCCUCCCCGUGCUGCCGGGCGAAAUCUACCCCGUCGAUGUCGAAAUCUGGCCGACGAAUGUUGUCGUCGAGGCAGGUGGGAAGAUUGUUCUCGAGGUCUCCUCGGGUGAUACGCAAGGCUGCGGCAAUUUCCAGCACAAUGAUCCCACAGAUAGGUCGAAGGAUAAACUGCAGGGAAUGAACCAUAUCCAUUUGGAGUAUGAGAAUUACGUGGUUCUUCCGGUGAUUCCUACCUAG